ACGAGAGAGAGAGGAGGUGGAGGAAAAAAAGCCGAGGAGGACGAGAAACAAAAGCACAACCGUGGGUGCCUGCAACAACCAUGAGCAGAGGCGGCUUGCCCUAUUCACCAGAGCUGCUGCUCUACCCGUGGACUAUGUCGUGAGGUGUGGCUCGCAACGCUAAGCAGCAGGGAUUUCUGUCAGUCGAAACGACAGUAACACGCCAAGGAGGGGUGCUGCUGGAGGAAAAGAUGUCGUCCGCCUCGGUGGGGCCCCCAGGGCGGCCCUCGCCACCCACCGCGCCGCCGACCGUGCCCGAACUGCCGGACCUCAGCCAUCUCACCGAGGAGGAGAGGAAAAUUAUCAUGGCCGUGAUGGAUCGGCAGAAGGAGGAAGAGGAGAAAGAGGAAGCCGUGUUAAAGACGCUGCACCAGCAGUUUGAAAGUUAUAAGGAGCAGGUGCGUCGCAUCGGCGUGGAGACGCGGCGCCAGCAGCAGGGCCAGCACAAGGACGACGCCCCCACCUGCGGCAUCUGCCGCAAGACCAAGUUCGCCGAUGGCUGCGGACACCACUGCUCCUACUGCCAGACCAAAUUCUGUGCCCGCUGCGGCGGACGCGUCUCCCUGCGCUCCAACAACGAGGACAAAGUGGUAAUGUGGGUAUGCAACCUGUGCCGUAAGCAACAGGAGAUCCUCACCAAAUCGGGAGAAUGGUUUUCGGGGCCGGAGCCGAGGCAGAUGAGCCUGGAUGGCGGCCUGAACGCCCCGCCCACGGGGGUGACGCCAACGGGGGACAGGAAGCUACUCCGCUCCAGGUCCCAGGCCCCGCCCUCUUCUAGCGGUAACGCAGGGGCGGCGCCCGACGGAACGCACCAGCCACCAACGGUAUUGGCCAAGGGAGCGUUGGACACCAUGCCGGCGUCACGCGCUCGGAGCGAACCACCACGAGACAAGAAAAGACCUGUGUCCCUCCAUGAGCAGAACGGUAAGCCUGGUGGUGUGGGUCGUGGUAGAGGAGGCCGGGGACCCCCAGGCAAGCUUCAGACCGUGGCUUCCCAGGAGGAGUUCUGCGGUCCCGGGGACAGAGACCGGCGGGACGGCCGGCACCUAGAGAAGGUCCGCUCCCAUGACUACCCCGACGGCGGCGACCAAGGGAAUCGCCCCGACCUCCGGAGACGCCCCCCGGAGGAGGAUGAGCUGGAACGCAAGCGGCGCCAGGAGGAGGAGUUCCAGACGCGUUACCGCAGCGACCCCAACCUGGCGCGCUACCCGGUCAAGCCGCAGAAGGAGGAGCAGGAGAUGCGCAUGCAUGCCAAGGUGUCAAAGGUCCGCCACGAGCGGCGCCACAGCAACAACGCCAUCAAUGAGGUGGGGCUGGAGGGCGGGGGAGGGAACAUGGGGGAUGUACCUGAGAAUCGUCUCCGGAGGGGCGGCGGUGGUGGUGGAGAACCGGACCGCAAGGCAUCCAUGGAGAACCACCGGGCCUACUCCAUGGACAGGACCGUGGGGGGUGGUGGGGGUGGCGGAAUGGGGCAGGGACCCCAGGGAGGUCCCCACCUCCUCAAACAGAACCAGAACCACGGACCCCUUCAACCAUCCGGUGUUGGCCCACGACCGGGCCCCCAUCCUGGUGCUCCUCACCCCCACCAAGGACCACCCCCUCCAGCAGGUUGGGACCCCCCUAAGGUACCCCACCCCAGCCAGCUGGACCCCAACUCCCAGGCAGCCAUGAUGCACAAGGCCAGGAGGGAGAAGUCUGGGGAGAGCCUGCUGCGGAAGGACUCCCAGAGCUCGGACCAGUCGGAGUCGCUGCGGCCGCCCCCACCCAGGCCCUACAAGAGCAAACGGGGUGUCAACAAGAGGCAGAUGUCUAUCAGCAGCUCAGAGGAGGAGGGCGGCUCCACGCCCGAGUACACCAGCUGUGAAGACGUGGACAUGGAGAGCGUCAGUAUGAUUGGUGAUUGGGACUGCCAUCCUCUGGAUCCUGCUGUGUGGCAUCAUCCAGUGACAUGGCAGCCGUCCAAGGAGGGCGACCACUUAAUCGGACGCAUCACUCUGAGUAAAAGGUCGGCCAUGCCCCGCGAGGCAGGCUCCUUACUAGGGCUAAAGGUUGUGGGUGGGAAGAUGACAGAGACAGGGAGACUUGGGGCCUUCAUCACCAAAGUCAAGAAAGGAAGUCUGGCGGACAUUGUUGGCCACCUACGAGCUGGUGAUGAGGUACUGCAGUGGAACGGGAAGUCAUUGCCGGGAGCAACCAAGAAGGAAGUGUACAACAUCAUUCUGGAAUCCAAGGCGGAGCCUCAAGUGGAAAUAGUCGUCUCAAGGCCUAUUGGAUCUAUCCACCGCAUCAUUUCCAAUAACUUCUUGAGAAAGGUGUAUAGAGCAUAUCAAGACAUACCAAGGAUUCCAGAAACAUCACAUCCUCCUUUAGAAUCGACGGGCUCCAGUUCCUUUGAGUCUCAGAAGAUGGAGCGUCCCUCCAUAUCGGUCAUGUCCCCCACCAGCCCUGCUACCCUCAGAGCCCUCCCCAUCAUCCUGCCUGGACAGCUGUAUGUGAAGCUGUGGUAUGACAAAGUGGGCCAUCAACUGAUCGUCAACGUCCUUCAAGCCAUAGACCUGCCCCCCCGACUGGACGGGCGACCAAGGAACCCUUACGUCAAGAUGUACUUCCUCCCUGAUCGAAGUGAUAAGAGCAAGCGCAGGACCAAGACAGUAAAGAAGAGCGCUGAGCCCAAGUGGAACCAGACGUUCCUGUACUCCCACGUCCACCGCAGGGACUUCAGAGAACGCAUGCUGGAGAUCACUGUCUGGGACCAACCUAGAAUACAGGAGGAGGAGAGUGACUUCCUGGGAGAGAUCCUGAUAGAGCUGGAGACUGCCCUGCUGGAUGACGUUCCUCACUGGUAUAAACUCCAGACCCACGACGUGUCUUCUCUACCUCUGCCCCAGCCAUCUCCUUAUCUCCCACGCAGACACGCCUCUCACGACAGCCCCAGCAAGAAACUACAGAGGUCCCAUCGCAUCAUUGAUACAGAGUUUGAUGAUACAGGUAUAACGGUAGUGUCUGAAGGUGCAGAGCGUAACUCAAGGGAGAGGGAGAGGAACAGCACCCUGACUGUCCCAGAGCAGCAGAGACUGGCCCAGCACCGCUCCAGAUCUGUGUCCCCUCACCGCGAGGACAUAACGAGGGCCCGCUCCCGCCCCGCACACGUCCCCAUGCAGAGGAGUCUGGAUGAGAUCCACCAGAACCGCCACCACUCCUGCUCCCCCUCCCGUUACCAUGACUCCCACGGGGAGCACCGCUCUGGGGACUCGGACUACGAGUACUCCGAGGACAGUGAGGUCCUCGAGAUGCACAGGUCUAUCCGAGGCGGGAGUGCCGAGUGCCUGCACACAAACAGUGAUCUGCAGCCCAGUCUGGACCGGGUGAGGAGUGCCAGCACCACCUGCCUCAGACCUGACACCAACUUCCCCUCUCCUGAUAGAGACAGAUGCUCCAACUCUCUGCCCCGCAGACAGCCCACAAGCCCCAGGAUUUUAGUAGAGCAGGCCUCCCCAGAGGAAGAAAGGCAGUCAGGGAGCCUGGGCAGGCCUAACAGUCAGAGAGGUAACAGCAAGAAAGGCCUGGAGGCUGACAGUCGUAUCCAGCCCACCUCUAUACUGAGGGGCAGUAGGGGGAGAGGGGGGCCGCUGCGCCCCUUUAACCAGACACCCCUGGGGGGAUCUGCCCCUAACUCACCACGACAGGACAGAACACACACCCACAGCCCCUCCCCUCCUACGGGUCGCAGGGGCAGACAGCUGCCACAGGUUCCUGCCAGAAGCAGCAGCGUAGAGCAAGCUCUAGCAGUAGAGGAGCGAGCCAGACAGAUGAACAUGAAAGUACAUUCCUACCGGCCUUCAGCCUCCCACGACCCCGAGACAGACCUCAAGACCAAACGAGAGAUGUAUGCGGACCAGCGGCGGAGCUGUGACAACGUGUCGGCCCGCUCGUCAGACAGCGACAUGAGUGACGCGUCGGCCCUAUCCCGCGCCAGCAGCGCCUCACGCCUCAGCAGCACCUCCUACAUGUCCAUCCAAUCAGAACGCCCGCGCGGGCGGCUCAGGUCCAAGUCUUUAGAGGACGAGAAGAAGGAGAGGAGGAUCUCGUGGGGGAUGAAUGGAGAGCAAGAAAGGAUGAGGGCAGCAGGGAAGAGACGGUUCUCUCAAGAGCUGAAGAGGAGGAGACACACUGUGUCUGGGGACCCCAAAGACGCCAGAUUGACCAUGCUGAAGAGCACAAGCGUGAGCAGUGAGAUCUACGCGUCAGAGCGUACCGACGGCAGCCAAUCGGACACGGCGCUGGGCACGGUGGGCAUGGGUGGCAAGAAGAGACGCUCCAGCCUCAGUGCCAGGGUGGUCUCCAUCGUCUCCAACAGACGUAGUCGAAGCACCUCGCAGAUCAUCGGCCCGGAGGGGAAGGGGAAGAAGGAGAAGGGUGCAUCCAUCCAGAGGAGCACAGAGACAGGCAUGGCCGUAGAGAUGACCAGGAACAUGAGUCGACAGUCCAGUAAAGAGUCCACCAACGGCACCAUGAACAGCUGCAACUCUGAGGGAAAUCUGCUUUUCGGUGGGGUGCGUCUGGGACAGCCAGGCAACCAGUUCAGCGACUUCCUGGAUGGCCUGGGUCCUGCCCAGCUGGUGGGCAGACAAACACUGGCCACACCUGCCAUAGGUGAUAUUCAGAUCGGAAUGAUGGACAAGAAGGGUCAGUUGGAGGUGGAGGUGAUCAGAGCUCGGGGCCUCGUACAAAAGCCUGGAUCCAAAUCCCUCCCUGCUCCAUAUGUCAAGGUAUAUCUGUUGAAUAAUGGAGCGUAUGUAGCCAAAAAGAAAACCAAGAUUGCACGGAAAACGCUCGACCCGCUGUACCAGCAAGCGCUGCAAUUCGAGGAGAGCCCACAGGGCAAAGUAUUACAGGUGAUCGUCUGGGGAGACUACGGACGAAUGGACCACAAAAGCUUCAUGGGAGUUGCACAAAUCCUAUUGGAGGAACUAGAUUUAUCAAGUACAGUGAUUGGCUGGUACAAGUUGUUCCCACCCUCCUCCUUGGUGGACCCCACACUAGCCUCCCUGACUCGACGUGCUUCCCAGUCAUCAUUGGACAGCUCCUCGGGCCCACCGGGCACCCGAUCCUAGUGGACCAAUAGGACUACAGCUACCAAUCUUAAUGGACCAAUGGGACUAUGGGUAGCCUACCGCUUUGUGAAACGAAUUAACGUUACUUUAGAGAUUAACGUACAAAAAAUAUUCUAGAACAACAACAAUCAAGAAAAAGAGUCACAAUGAUUUAAAAAAAAAGCUUUGUUGAUAUCUGACAAUCACUCCUGACAUCGUUUAAUUUGUUGUUUGUUUUAGAGAGCGUUAUGUUUCAAUGUUUCAUUUCAGUAACUAAUUCGUCAAAGUUUGUUCGCGGUUGUAAUCUAAGAACUAGGGCUGUCGGUAAUAAACAAUGUUCGGUAGCUAGGUAAGGCUGUACUGGAGUCGAGCGGUAAGGAGACCACUCGAUUCGUAGAAGAAACUAAGUACACAUUUAAAUGACAAAGGAAGCAGGGUGGUAGUUUUUAGUCAAACCAUCAAUAAACAAAGAAAUGUAUGUUAGCGUCAGAAUGUAUGGACCCAAGACAGAGGCGUAAUCCUCCUUGCCCUCCAGGGGGCGCCAUAAUGUCCUCUCCGCAGUAGACCCUCUCCGGACCCCAAACAGACUGCCAGCACUUCGGCCCCCAGGGCAGAGUGCUUCUGGGUGGGAUCGGUCGGGGCAAGCAGGGGUCUCCUUCUGGUGCCUAGACUUUGUGGAUUCACAUUACUGGUCCUUCUCUGUCAAAAUAUCAUUUUUUGUUUUCAAUAUGUUUACCACGGCUGGUCCAAGCCGCUCUCGAAUUUUUGUCUUUGGUACGUUUGACUUUUUUUUCUCUGUUUGUUACUUAUGGCACAAAAAUGUUUUUCUGAUGAGUCUGAGGUUUACGAUGUGUUGUCUGAUGUCUGGAGAAGAAGUAAAAGACAAAGAAAAAAAUAUGAAAUAGAGAAAAUGAAAUAAAGUGUCUGCAAUGAGAUGCAGGGGACUGUUCAGUGACACAUCUUAAAUGACGAUUUUUACACUUGACGAUGAGAUUAGUGUGGAAUUACAAUGUCGUUUUCUUCAUUCAAUCACCUACAAAAAGUCCAACCCAGUUGUCUUUGUAUAGAUGUAUAUUAGACCUCCAAGGAGGUUGACCAAUAAAUAUAAUUAUACAUUUCACUUUGAACUAUCACCAGGGUGUUAACAAGUCACUGUAAAAAAUAUAUAUAUUUGUCCACAAUCAUGAGAACAAGAUAGGUAUCUUUCAUUUAGCUGUUUUCUGGGAAUAUCCUUCCCCUCACCCCAGAACAUGUUUAGGGGUUUUAUCCGAAACUUCAGUUUACAUUAUUUUGAGAUUUAAAAACGCAAGCACAAUAAGCUUGAUUUUUGUACGGCAAAAAGUUUAACUUUUUGAAAAAAAUGAAGGAAAAAAAAGAUUUUAAAAAAUACUGAUUGCAAAUUAAACUCUUUGGUUCAUUUCAUUUUUUUUUUUGUCUAGAUUUUUUGGAAAAACAAAAAAGAUCAGUUGCUCAAAUUUCCCUUCUGCAUCUUUGUGAAUGUGAAAAAUAAAUAAUCAAAUUGAACUGUCAGGACAGGAACACCAAUGCUCAUCCUCCGUCAGGCCCGCUGACUCCUCCCACACCAAAGGGUGCGUGGCCCGCAUGACUCGGACCUGUUCAAAGCUGCAUGCCCAUUUUGUAAAACACAAACGAUACUGGAAAAAAAAGAUUGAACUGAACUAGAUAUGUGUGUUAGUUCCACAUACCGUAGGCCCGAUGUAUGUUGCAUGCACUUGUACAGUUUGCUCGUACUUAAAUAUAAAGAGAUAAACCAAGAAACCGAAGCCAUUCACAUCACGCGAAGACAUUCGAAAUGAUCAGCUGCAGUCAAGUCUAGUCCACAUCCUUCAUUCCGGUGCUGAAUGUUUUGAAACCAACUGAUUACCGAGAUUAUGUUGAUGUCUUUUUUUAACGCUAUUGAACGUGUACUGUACUGUCGUACUAAGCAGGCCUCACCGCCCCCAUUCUUUCAAAUCUACUGUUACUGUACACAUAGUUUACCUCUAUGGGGCUGAGACUACAUGGUUAAAUAUGUAUAAAUCAGAUCAACCUAUAUAGAAAGUAUAGUUAUGUUGAACAUAAUGAUGUAAUAAGAUAUAAGGAUACAUAUAUUACACAAAUUAUUUAGAGUAUAAUGACCGAAAGUCAUUUAGGUAUAUUGUAAAUCUUUUUUCAACCAACCAAACGGUUUAGUGAUAUUUAUGAAAGGGGCCAAGUCAGAUUACGGGGCCAUUGUCAAGUCCCUGGGGACCACUAGUGGACUUAUAAAGUCAGCAAAGGGACACUACUGUUGUACAAGGCUUCAAGGGUUAGUCCCAAAUUGCCAUACUUGGGUAUCAGGACAUAUUAACAACAAAAGUUGCCGUCACUACACCUCUCUAUCUGUGCUUUGAAACCUACAUCCUACAACCCCAGCCAUGUAAAACCCCAUUUAUAAAAACAUCUCAUUUUAGUUUCAUGUUCAGUGAGGCUGAGUUAUUCCUUUUAUUUUGUCAGUAUUAUUGGGAGAAAAAAAAUGCUGAUUGUUUACAAUUUAUGUGUUCCACUGAAACAACAACUAUAAAAGAAAAUGAUCUAAAAAAAAAAAAAAAAAAAGUAUUCACUGCAACAUUUCUUGUUUGGUAUAACAGAUGUGGCUCAAAUGAUGUGUAUGUUUUAUAUUUAAAAAAAGAGUUCAUUUUUUAUUAUUUACAAAUAAAAAGAAUGUGUGGAAGAA